GGCAAAGUGUCGGGAAGUGCGUGGAAAGAAACAACUGUCUGUGAUUGAGUUGAGCAGAGAGCUCUCCGUCUCCCCCCCUCUCCCACCCCCCCCCCCUACCACGCACGCUCUGUCAGAACGGGCACAGUGUGUGGAUGAACGACACGCAGUUACAGGUUGUUUUGAUGCAUCCGUUUUUGGACGUUUAUCCGCGCGUAAUCCCGCCCCCUUUCCCUCCAAUGCAGCGCGUAAAUGUCAGGGCAAGGACCCCAUCCGCUCGGCCCUGAAGUUUGUUGUUUCGGCUCUGACAGCUCCACUUGAUUUAGGACGAGCAGACCCAGCAUGGCUCCGUGCGUGGCUCCCAGCUGGGCCCUGGGCCAUACUUGUUGUUGCAAAGUUUGGCGUUUGUGUCCAUACCGAGAGAGAGAGCUCGUUAUCAGCGACGUCCAAGCAGUCCAACUCAGCAGAGAAGAAAUGCAAGUUUACGGACCUCUUCCAGAUCUGGAGGGCCGCAGUCACGUUGUCCGUCACACCCCCCCCCAAGCUGUCCUCACGCACUACGGUAGCGGGGCUGGAGUUUUCCAGUGAGACCGACCCAGACAGAGACUCCCUGUCCUGGAUCACAGCGCACACACUGCCCCCCCCCCCCCCCCUCCCACACCAUCCCCGUCCCUCCCAAGACAUGCAUAGCAGAAACCAGAAGCGUCACUCCUCUCCGGCCCUCUCCGCCAGGGGCCCGCUGGUGCCCUUGAAGCCCGGGCCCCUGGCGGUGACCCCCGCGGCCCCUGGUGUGGGGGGGGGGCUGUCUUUCCGGGUCCCAAAAGACUUCCCCCACUCCCGGUUCAGCAAGGCCCCCCUCGCCGUCUACCCCCCCAAGGGGGUCCGCAGCAAGCCCUGCGUCUCUCUCCCCGUGGUCAGCCUGGAGAAGAUCCCGGGCCUCCACAAGACGGCCUCUCCCAUCCGCCUCCCCCCCCCCCCCCUCCUCCUCUCCAACACCUCCACCUCUUCCUCCUCCUCCUCCACCCCGUCCUCUUCCUCCCGUCUGAAACCCCCGCACCCCCAGCGGCCCGGGGAGAAGCUCUCCAACGGACACCCCUCCUCCACCUCCCCCUCCUCCUCCUCCACCUCCUCCUCCUCCACCACCCCCGUCCCGGCUGCCCCGCGGCCCAGCCCGGCGCGCUCUCCGCUGGGUCGCCGCCCGCCGCCCGCCCCGUCCCCGUCCCCGUCCCCGACGCGCUCCCCGUCGCUGAACCGCCGGCCCGCCGCCUCGCCCUCGCUCGCCCACAACAGGACGCCCGUUGCUACGGCGGCGUCGUCGGGGGCGACGGUGACGUCAUCGCCGACGCCGGUGGACAGGAAGCAGCAGAACGGGACGAAGGCCGCCGCCGCCACGAAGACGCACAGGUGUCUGUCAGGCCGAGUCUUUGACCCCAACAAGCACUGUGGGGUACAGGACCCGGAGACGAAGCGACAGUGCACCCGCUCGCUCACGUGCAAGGUAGGCAUACACCACUCCCUGACCCACCGACGAGCCGUCCCGGGCCGGAGGAGGACCUUUGACCUCCUGCUGGCCGAACACAAGGGCCGCACCAAGAAGGAGAAGGAGGCUCAGGAGGAGGCCAAAGGGAGGCGGGAAGGAGCCCAGGGCAGGAAGGAGGCGCAGAGCUCCCUGAAGACUACAACUCCCAGCAGGCCACACUGCCCAAACGGACGCCUGCUGUCCACGCUCAAGCUGCGGCUCGCCAACGCACACAUACCACGGGUCAUAGGCCCCAGCUCCACCUUCACCCCCCCCCCAGCCCUCAUCAGCAGCAGCCGUGGUGACGGGGUCCCCAACCGCGAACCCCGCCCACCCCGAGCCCCCUCCCAAGGCUGGCCCCAGCCCCCGGGGGGGGGGGAGUGUGGGGCCCGUCUGUCCAGCGACGACAACGAGGAGGACGACGGCCGUGCGCCCGUCGAGACCCCCGAGGCCGACCCCGACAGGCCCUCGUGUCCCUACUACUCCGCCCGCCACCCGAGACCUCUGGCGUGCUGCCGGUUCGGCAGCAGGCCUGUGGGUCGAGGCCACUUCGUGUUCGACCGCCGCUGGGACCGUGUGCGCCGGGCGCUCCACACCGCGGUGGAGAGACACCUCAGCACGCACAUGUGGAGGAAGGUUCCUCUGGCUGCUGAGACCCCCCCUCUCCCCCAGGACGCCCGCCUCCCCCUCCCCCUCCCCCCUCCCCCUCCCCCUCCCUGGACCCCCACCCUCGCCCCUACCCCCCCCCUCCACCCCACCCUGACCCCCGUCAGCCCCCACCCCCCACCCUCGUCCCCGCAGUCUUCGGCUUCUAGAGACCGGUUGCAGCAAGCGGCCCUUGCCUCUCCACGUGGGAAACCCCGCAACGGCAUGCACGCGCCCAGCGCUGGGGGCGGGGCCAGGGGGGGCGGGGCCAGUGGGGGACCCUGGCGAGGGAGGGGCGAUCAAAUGGCAGGGGGCCGGAAGAGGAAGAUGACGGCUCCGUCGUUGUCGUCCUCGUCCUCCUCGUCCUCCUCUCCCGCGUCUUCGCCGGGCCGUGGAUCACCUCAGGAAGAACGGGAACGGCGUUGUCACGGGACCCAGGGCCACGCCCCUCCGCCGCCUCCACCGCCGCCGCCGCCGUCGAACCCGGGCUGGAAACGGAGCCUCAUGCGUGGGGUCGGAGGCGCGGGGGGCCGGAGGGAGGAGCAGGGCCCCAGAGAGCAGGGGCCCCCCAGAGAGCAUGGGCCUGGGGCCUCAACCUGCUCUACAGCAGGGGCCCCGGGGCCUCAAACGGCCCCAGCAGCACUCCUUCUCCCUGAAGAACGACCCAGGCCAGGUCCCUCCUCACAUGACCCCUGCUCCUCUCAACUCCUCUUCCUCCUCCUCCUCCCCCCCUCCUCUCCAGCCCCCUCCUCCUGGGCCAGGGGGAGGGGCAGGGGAGGGGAGGAAGGGGAGGAGCCCCGGGACACCAGGAGGAGGCGGAGCAGGAAGAGGAAGAGGAGGAGGAGGAGCAGGAGCAGGAAGAGGAGGACUAGGAGGAAGAGGAGGAGAAGGAGGAAGAGGAGGAGCAGGAAGAGGAGGACUAGGAGGAGGAGGAGGAAGAGGAGGAUUAGGAGGAGCAGGAGCAGGAAGAGGAGGACUAGGAGGAGGAGGAGGAAGAGGAGGACUAGGAGGAGGAGGAAGAGGAGGACUAGGAGGUGGAGGCGGAGAAGAGGAGGAGGAGGGGGGAAAGCCAGCAGGGGGUUAGAGAGUCUCUUCAGGAGGAGCAAUGGCACUGGGGGAUACUGUCCACAGGACCCCCCUCUCCAUGACCGGUCCCACUGGGUCAUGCCCUCAAGCUUUCUCCACGGACAGGAGGUCGGUCGGCUUUGACGGGCCACACCAGUGCUGACCUUUGAACCCAGCGCUCUUUGCACCAUUCCCAUAAUGGUGGGCUACUAUUCACUAUCCCCCACUAUGACUUCUGGGUAAUGGAGUCCUCUUCAGGCUCCUGGCUCUCAUGGUACUGGAAUUAUGGGAUGGAAAAUGUAUCGCCGGUCACUUCAGUUGUGGUCAUUUUCCAGAACACGAGUACAUUUCUUUCUGGCCAUAAAAAAACUUCUUACCCUUCAAGAAAAAGGGAAAAUAUCCAAGAGCAUUUGUUGCUAAUCCAAGAGAAGUAUAGUUUUGUAUUCUGGAAUAUCUGUUCCUCAAAAGACAGUCAUGAUUUUUUGAUAUAUGUUUCCUGGUUCCUGUUUUUCGGAGGUCAGGUGACCUGGAUGGAACUCUGUGGUCUGUUUUGGAAGGGGGGGCGGUUGACAGGAAGUCAUACACUUACUUCCUCCUUCCUUUCCUCAUGGAUUCCCUCGGACAAGUACACACAGUUCACAGCUGUACCGAACGUCAAGACAGAGGAUUGACUAUUGGUUUUGUGUUCUUUAUAUUUUUUUAUUUUGAGAACAUUUAUUCUAAUUGUGUGUUCCGGCGUCUGCUUGUGUGCGUGUUUGUGAAUGUUUCAAGAACACACAAACUCUGUCGUUGUGUCUUUGGACUCAAUGGAUUCGCAGUUGUGAAUCUGGAUGUUCGGCUUGUUAAUAUCUAAUUCAUGGAAUUCGUUUAUUAUUCAUUUGAGAGCAACAAAAUAGGAUUUAACGAUACAGUUUAUGCAACAACAACAAAAAGCAUUUGAGAAUCAAAAGUGUUACAAGAGUUGAUAUUGUAAAAAGAAAUUGUACAUAUCUUGUAUUCUAUUUUAUUUGUAUUUAUUGUUAAUUAUUUUUCCCUAAGUGUGCAACAGGAAAAAAGUCGUAAGAUUGGUUUUAUUCCUACGUUUCAACGAUUCUGUUUGCAAUUAACUCUCAGUCUCGGGGAAGGUGUUGUUUUAUAAGGGAGUGUUUUUAAAGAACGUCCGCCAUCGCCAACAGCCUAUAAAGUUUAUGGUUACGACUGUGCUGCGCCCCCUUAAUUCCUGCUGUUUCGCCGCGCUGGGCUACUGUUUAGCACUGUUCAUAAAACACGACGCUGUUGAUGGGUUAUACCUCGGUUAGAAAUUGUAACCGGCUGCCGAGCGAGUCCUCUGGCACAUGGUCAGGAGUAGUUACUGCCUUCCGAAGUGGCUGCAUAGCGAGAAGUUUAAAGGUGACAUGUUGAUCCACCAGGUGUGAGGGUGUACACAAGCCCUGUAAAUCUGCCUCUUUUGACAUCACAAGUGGGCGUGUCCACCUAGAUCUGUGCUGGAUAGAUGCUGGCAACGUUUGCUAGAGUCCACUGGGAAGGCUGGCGGACUGAUCUAUCCAGCACAGAUCUAGGUGGACACGCCCACUUGUGAUGUCAGAAAAGGCAGAUUUUCAAAACGGCCUGUAAGGGCUUAUCACACUCACCCCUGGGCGCUGACAAUGGCGCACUACGACGUCACUUCCUGUCUGUUUGUAAACACUGCUCACUGUGAGAGAGAGCCCUAGUGGAUGAGAUAUAUCUGCUAGCAACACUGUGGUCCUUACCUAUCCCUGAGCCAAACCCUCUUGGUAAUCAACAACAGAAGUCGGUUCAGAUUGUCUGAGCAUCCUUUAACCACUAUACCAGUGACUUCCAACCGGUACUAUUUAGUCUUUUAGCAGACCCUUAAAUCCAAAGCGACUUUCAGUGAAUUCCGUAUACAAGUCAAUCAGCAGCAGGUAUAAGGGUUAAGGUUAACUUAAGGUUUAUCUCAAGGAUGCCUACAGAAAGGGUCCCAAAUACCCGAAUAGAAUUGUGUCUUUUUGCUGGCCAAAAUGGAAGAAUCUAUCAAUUGUUUUAAUAUUUAACCCUGAAAUCGAUCAGCCAUCGGCUGCAGGCAGGCGUUUAUUGUGGACCCUGCCUAGAACUGGAGAGCGGACAUUGUGGGUUUGACCCCAGAACUGCCUAACCACUGACUAGACGAUGAGACCGUUACUGUAUUGGUACCAGGAUGCCUGCAGCGUCCAAAUGGACGGAUCCUCUGUGCUUUGUCGUGACAAUCCGCCCCUAAACCUUAUCCUGCUUAUGUGUGUGGGGACAUUAAGAAUAGAAAUGAAUAGAUUUCAGUGAGUCCGCUAUCCGAUGGAUUUGUGGUUUUCCUUCAUUGUGGAGGCUUGUUAUCAGGCGGGGAUCAAUUGGUUUAUAGAAAUGGAACUUUUUUUUUUUUGUGAAAGAGUUACUGGCUGAAAACACAGACCUCCACACAUUCCCCCCAAGGUCUAAAAAAAAUUGAUAUUUUUCGACAUAAGUCUUUCUAUCUUCCAUCUCUUUGCUCGCUUGCGUCACGUGUGUAAUAUGUCAACGAUGUUUACCUGAAAUGUUUUCAAAAUGGCUCUGAUUAUUAUUAUUUUUAUUUUGGACACUCUAUGCAUCAAGUCUUUCCCCUGGAUGUUUCAGAUGCUCGUCUGCAUUAUCUCCCCCCCCCCAUCAGCACUUUGAGCCCCAACCUGUGCUGUGGUCUUCAGUGAAGGUUCCUCAGUCCAACGGCCUGAGCUACUGUCCUCUCCCCGUCACACGACGCCGUGACCCUUGUGACCGAGUUGUCCGAUUCAAUCCCACCACACGUACGAUGGAGUAAACGCUCCUUGCCUAAAUGCCUUGCUUAAUGUGUUGGCGCCAUGGUUCCACACAGCUGGGGGUGGGGGGGGGGGGGGGGGGGGGGGGGGAUAGAACACGGCCUCAUAGUUGAAGAGUGUGUGCCUUGACUCAACAGAAUAACACGACGAAGAAAGAUCCAUAGAUGUUGAGAAGCGUUCUUCUUUUCUCUUUUUUUAUGGCACACCUUUGGAGGACAACUUUAUUUUUAUUCAGGCAUAGAUUCAAACAAGAAGGUUUGGGUAGCUCUGAAACCCAUUCACCCUAGUGCAAAACAAGACAAGAGAAGCGCUCUUCUCUUCCUGUGGUUUUGGCUUCAAGAAACUCUUGCAUGUGCACCCAUUCAACCUGUUGGCUGCUGUGGCUCACCUUUGUCGAAGAGGAGCAGGGCUGUAUCAAGACUCAUCUAGAAGGGGGGGGGGAGGGCAAGGAUUUGCAUUGAAUAACAUGGGGGGGGGGGGCAGGCUGUGUUCAGAUGGGUCCACUUGUGCACCAUUUGUGACGUCAACACUGUUGUACAAAAGCCGGUUCCCUAACUAGUGAACCACUUAAUACCCAUAAUGCACCAACAAGGAAGUGUAUCCCAGGAAGCUGAGGUCCGCACUAUAUCCCAUGAUGCUUUGCAUGUUUCACCGUCAUCGGAUUCAUCCAAUGGAUAUGACCAGCACAUGUUGUUUUUUUAUGCAAAUGAGCGGUCAUAGGGUGACAUAACACCUUGUCUGCCUGCUUAUGCAAUGCACUGUGUUUCCACUAGUGGGCUACUGCUCGUCAAGGUGACGACGUGAUCAAAAGCAUUUCAAAAGGCCCCUUUUCCCAGCUCGUCAAUAUUAGAGUGAAAUAACUUCCUGUUCAUUUAAUGUUAACACUAGGUCGGUUUAAUAUACUACAUGGCCAUACCUACAUCCAACGGACCCAUAAUUAAAGUUAUGAGCUAAACCUGUGUUUUUCUACUGUGAUAAAGGGCUCAGGUACUUUUGGCCUUUUGCAGGUCAAUAUCAACAGUCAGCCUGGCCCACAUUACAGCCUUCGGACUGUUGGAAGAGAAUCAAAUUCAUUUUAGUAUUUUUUUUUCUUCAUACAAAUCAAUCUGCAGUACUUUUGUUUUUACUUUGUGGUGGGGGUCUUGGCCGCACUUUGUCAACGUUUUUUUUUUUUAAUAGUAUGUUGUGGCUGAAGCUAAUUCGAUGCUGUCGCUCCAUCGACUCAUGUGUAUUUCCAAGCCGGUGACUAUUUCUGGUCUUUUGUGGCUCAAAUCGGAGUGACUAUUGGACACAGGUGUUUUUUAUAAAGCUGUUUCCCUUGCUGUUUCCCUUUUGCACUUUGUCAUAAUGCCCUUUUAUCUGCUGUUAUUUAUAAUAUAUAAAGUAUUUGAGAUGUGUAUAAAUCUAUACCUAUAUAUAUGAAUAUAUUUGUAAAGAUAUUUUGUGUACUGCGUUAGAGAUAUGUGGGAGACCGCAGACCAGCAGGGGCUAAUGCAGCUUUUGGUUGGGGCUCAACUAAUCUGAAUAUUGAAUGUUUCCAAACUCAACUGCCUUUUCAAGAGUUGGCUACGCUUUGAUCAAUUACUGUAAAAUAAACAAAAAGAUAUGUA